AUGUCGUCUAUAAAGUAUCGCCAUCUCAGCCGCGACUCGGCGCACCGACAAGCGCUCCUCCGCAACCUAGUGACGUCCCUGAUCGCGAAUGAAUCGAUAUCAACGACCUACGCAAAAGCAAAAGAAGCUCAACGGCUCGCCGAGAAACUGAUCACGCUGGGCAAGAAAAACACGAGCGCUGCCAGACAGCGUGCAAAGACCAUCUUUUUCGAGCCCGAACGACAUAUGGACAAACUAUUCAACGUACUACGGCAACGCUACGAACACCGUCCGGGCGGGUACACGCGAGUGCUACGACAAGAGCCGAUUCGGGACGAUCAGGGGGAGUCGGCUAUUUUGUCGCUGGUCGACGGGCCGCGAGACAUGCGCUUCAGUAUGACGGCGAAGGCGCUGGUGCGGCAACGCAAGGAGGGCCUGCCCAUGCAUGAACUUACGGCCGUCAAUGUCCGCAAGGUCACGCGCUUCCGCGAGGGCGGCGAGGAAGCUCUGGAGCAAGAAAUCCAGAGGCUCGAGGCCGACCUAGAGGCGCAGGCUGAGUUGGAGGACAAGCAGUUCGAGGAAGAUGGCACGCUAUUCGAAUGGGUCAGGGGCGAGAAGGAUCGCAGAUCCACGGCGAAGGGGAAGGAGAAGAACGGGCCAGGCCGGCUCAGAAGGCAGAGGGUUGGGGAGGACAAGGAGUAUUGA